GCCAGACAAAAAAGGAGGCAGCUCGCUUGCUGAGCCCCAGCGCUGCGAACCACGGCGUGGGAAUAAGUUGCGGAUAAGCGGUGAGCGUCUUGUUGCGAGGGUCACUCGAAAAACAGCAUUUCCGCUGCGUUUUACGAGCCCCCCAGGCACACUCGCUGCACAAGCAUAUCCGCGCAGCACGCCGCCGGCGCGACAAAGAGAUGGCCGCCGCCCUCCAAGAACUGCUCAGCGAGCACUCCUCCAAGGGCCCGCCGCCCAUCGUCUGCCCCGGCCACACGCGGCCCUUAGCGGAGGUCUCCUUCAGCCCCGAGACGCCCGACGGCUACUUCCUCGUGAGCGCCUGCUUGGACGGCCAGCCCAUGCUGAGAGACGCGACGACGGGCGACUGGAUCGGCACGUUCGCGGGGCACAAAGGGGCUGUGUGGUCCGCGAAGUUGUGUUCCGAGGCCCGCUUGUGCGCCACGGGGAGCGGCGACUUCUCCGCCAAGGUCUGGGACGCGGUCACGGGCAACUGCCUCGCUACGUUGGAUCAUCGCCACGUCGUGAAAUGUGUGGACUUCUCGAGUGACCGAAGACUGCUCGCGACGGUGGGCAAAGAAGGCGCGGCACGCGUCUUCGACGUCGAGGCGGGCCUCGGUGCUUCGGGCCCGGAGCGCUUGUUUGGAGCGAGAGACGAUAGUGAUGGCAGGAAAGUUACCGUUAACAAGUGCGCUUGGACCGAAGCCGGGUUACUGGUCUGCGGCGCGGCGGACGGGAAAGUCAGUGUUUUAGAUCCGCGCGUGGACGGUGAUGACCCUAUUGCUAUUAUCGAUGUUGGUAAAGAUGCUGUGAUGGACCUCGAGCUGACGAAUGGGGCUCUCGGGCCUACGUUAACGGUCUGUUCGGGCGAACAGGUCCACUUGGUCGACGCCGUGCGCUGGACGUCUACGAAGAAGGUCAUCGAUUGUCCGGUCCACUUCCGGGAAGAAGGAGGGGCUUCUCUCAGGAACGACGGCAAAGAGAUCGUCGUCGGUGGUGGAAGACAUGGGGGGUCGCGCCAGGGCGCCCUGGGUGUGGAGAAGGGUGCGAAAAAAGUAGGCGACGUCGGGAGUGACCUCUGCGUCCACGUGAUUGACGUGAAGACGGGCAAGGUUUCAUUGGAGCGCAAGGGGCACUGCGGUCCCGUGAGGUGCGUGCGCUUCCACCCCGACGCGAAGGCGGGCCGCUUCGCCACGGGGUCCGAGGACGGCACGAUCCGGCUCUGGGACCCGGCCGAGGCGUAGAUGUUUUAUGGUGGUGCCUCGUUCUUCCUUUCAGCCGACCUGCGAAUUUGGUUCGGAUCGAGUGCUCGUCUACGAGGAGCUCUCCGGCCCAAAGCCGCUAAGCAGCUUCACGCUACUGCGCGGCAUCGUCACGGCGCCGCGGCGACGGCGUGCUGCCGGCCGGCAUGAUGAUGCUCUGCCGACCGCGCUCAGCCCACGAAUCAUCAAGGCGUCGACGACGACGUGUGGGCUUGAAUGAAAUACUCCCUCCCUUCCCUCUUCCCCACCCUCGCGGCUCGCGUGAGUAAGUUGCGAGGGACAAAACGGGUUUUACAGAUCGCCGGCCUCUAUACCAUCCUCGUGGUGCUCACGUACUACAUGCAGCGCUACGACUACGGGGGCCUGCACCGCGACGACGGGGAGAUCAAGUGCGCCUGCGCGCGGUUCUACCGGCCGUCCAACCCGCAGAGGGUCUACGACGACGACGACUUCGUCUAGGCGCGCGCCGCGGCGACGCGGCGGAAGUCGAGCCCCGCGGCGGCGCUCAUCAGCCGGAAGCGCGCGGAGGAGUCAUCCUCCCGGUUCUAA